AGAAAGGUGACGGAACUUCACAUGUAAACAAGCAGCGCCAUAGGUUUCUUGGUUCGAGGGUUGUUCGCUUGCUGAUGCUUUUGCCUUGAGUUUAAUUAAUGGAAAAUGUCGUCUGCGCUAUACUUAGAACACUAUCUUGACGGCCUAGAAUCGCUUCCAAAUGAACUCCAAAGAAAUUUCAAGCUCAUGCGGAAUUUAGAUGCUCGCGCCCAGAAUCUCAUGAAAGAUAUCGACGAGAAGGCCAAGGAUUUCAUGAAGCGUUUGGUUGACAACAAGGAUACGUUCCCGGACGAUGUGAAGAAGGAGAAACUGAAGGAGAUCCAGGAACUGUUCAACAAGGCCAAGGAGUACGGGGACGACAAGGUUCAGCUCGCGAUUCAGACCUACGAAUUGGUGGAUAAACACAUUCGAAGGCUGGAUUCGGACCUGGCGAGAUUUGAGGGAGAGAUUCAGGAUAAGGCGAUAUCGACGCAUAGUAAGGCGGAGGAGACGGGAACCAAGAAGGGUCGUAAAAAAACAAAGGAUGCCAAAGCAUUGGGUAAGAAAAAACGUUCGGCCUCAUCUGAGGAUGAAGGGCGUAACACAAACUCAACAAGCGGUCCAGGCAAGAAAAAGCAGAAGGUAAAUCAAGAAAAAGAGGGUCGCAAGGGCCAGAAGAAAUCAGCAGACAUAGAAGAGGGUUCGGGAGACGGUGGUCAUCUGACGCCGCAUCCAAGUGAUGUUCUCGACAUGCCUGUUGACCCCAACGAGCCAACCUACUGCCUGUGCCAUCAAGUAUCUUAUGGCGAGAUGAUUGGAUGCGAUAAUCCAGAUUGCCCGAUUGAAUGGUUCCACUUUGCAUGUGUCGGGCUGACAAUAAAGCCGAAAGGCAAGUGGUUCUGUCCAAAGUGUUCCCAGGAUAGGAAGAAGAAAUAAUUCUUGUUUGAUGUUAAUGGGAGAAUAGCAGAAUGACAAUUAUGGGAACCGAUGAAAGGGUUCAGAUCCGCGUAGCUCUAAGAAGUUAGAUUUAAGGGACAAGUGUAUUUUGUUAAGUAGAAACUUCUUUUUGAACUGUUAAAGUUGAAAAUGUGCAAAAUUGUUUUCAGUUAAAUUGUCUUUGGCUUAUGAAAUCAUUGGAAAAGAAGAAGACGUUUUUAAAAAAGAUA